AUGCAAAGCAUAAGGAAAUCUAUCUUGACUCGAGUGAAUUUGAGGAGGUCAUCCGAACGAUGGUUUUUGGCCAGGGAUGAGGGUGUGAAUAUGCAAUUGAGAUGUUGGUGCUCUGCAACAGCUGCCAGUUUUGAUCAAACACUGGACCGAGUGAUUGCACUGGCCAAGAAGUAUGAUAAAAUUAAUGCCUCAAAGGUUACUGAAACAGCUGAUUUUCAAAAAGACUUGAACAUGGACAGUUUGGACCGAGUGGAACUCAUUAUGGCCCUUGAAGAAGAAUUUUCUAUUGAAAUUCCUGAUGAGAAGGCAGAUAAGCUUGCUUGCUGUGCUGAUGUCGCAAAAUAUAUAGCAGAGGUUGAUCAGAAAAACGUGGAAAAGCCCUGA